UGUCCCAUUUUCAACAAUGGCUUGUGAGUUAGUAGAGCAAGGAUGCUCAGUUGUGCCCAGUGCUGCCUUCAUCCAGAGUGCUGCUGAGCCCAGGUGGGAGCGUGGCAGGGGUAGGAGCAAUCCUGCAGGUCCACCUUCAGGGGAGGAAGGAGAGGGAUGCUGUUUUACUCUUUCUCUAUGCAGGACAAAACCAGUCAUAGAUCCUAACUGGUAUUUGUAGCUAUGGAGUUCCUCUCCCAGGUGUUUGGCAAGGCAAAGGUUGCCUUGCAAUGCCUAAGGGUGUGAGCUGAGGCCAUGCUGCAUCAAGGGCAUGGAUUUGAGGCUGAGGACAGCCUCAGGAGCAGAGUGAAAGUUUUUUUUUCAGUAACUCCAUUGGAAAGCAUUCCCCCUUGUAGACCUAUAGUUGUUAGAGGGAAGAUUUGGGGAGCCGGAAGUUCUGGCUGCUCUCUGUAAUGGCCACUUUGCUACAGUCUAUCUACAGAACUGUGGAACUUGCUGCCUGCAGUCUGCAGCCUGUCUUGGCUUGCAGAGUGAACAGCUGAGUUUCUGUAGAAUUAAAUUAAUGGAAUAAACCAAUGGGGGGGUCUAGGCAGUGAGAAAUGGAAAAGGAAAUGAACAGGAAUGUGUGUGGUGUGUUUGGACAGACUGUGAACUUUAAAUGCAGACUCAGGUUAGAGGUAAUCUUCCAGAUUUAUAUGUAAUAUGCAUGAAAAGCCAAAAACUGUUUCUGAAAUUAGGGUGGGGAGAGGAAAAGGGGGCUGAUUGAUAUUUUGAGAGCUGCUGAAUUAUUAUCUGGAAGAAAGGAUUAGUUGUUUAGGACAACCACUUUCCUUGAGCUGAAGAAAGCUCAUCACUAAUACUGUGCUCCAGGAGAAGCGCAGCUGUAACUGGGUGAUAAAUAGUUGCCUGCAACAUGGAGUUAAUUUGUUGUUGUUUCUAACAAGUUUGUCCUUAAACUAGUGCUUUGCUGAAAAUAGUUUUAAAAAUUAAAGCAACCUGUUAAAUGAAGUGCAAAUAUUUUGUACCUUCGGAGGUACCAUUUCUCUUGUAGUGGUUAUUUUCUCAAGCGGUCGCCAGUUCAGGCAGCUCUAACAGAAGACGGAGCCUUUUUUUCCGAUUCACCAGCUCAACCCAACGCAGUUUAGUGGCUUGGGGACAACGCUGGGACUCUGCCUGUGCUCACACCGUGACGGGGCUUUUACACGCGGCGAGGAAUGCCUGUGCAGCUCCGCGUUACGUUUUGCCAGCCAGGUUUUCUCAUUUGUUAAAGGCUCCUUGUCAUCCAUAAAACGCUUGAGCCCGUUUCCACGUCCUUCAAAUGAAGGCUGGCCGCCUCCUGUGAGGAAGAAAUCUGUCCCACCGGGAGACCCGAAGCCGCCCCCUCCACCUCCGGGGGUGCCCCUCACGCACCGGGGGCUGCCAGCCGGACACCCAGCCCCCGCCGCCCCUCCUCUCGCCGAGGUGAAGCUGUCACCCGACGGAGGCACCGGACAGAGCCUGCCCGUCCCCCCCGGACCGGCGGGGUGCCGAGGGAGCAGCCCCUGCCCGCCCCGAGGCCCGGAGCUGUCCAAGGUUUGGGCCGCCCGAGGGAGGCGGGAACACCAUGCGUCUGGCAAAAAUUUGAGAAGGCUCAAGGCGUUAAAGAAAGCUCAUCUAAAUAAAGGCGGGUUAAAGUGACAUUGCAGUUACCUAAUCCUGUAUUGUCCUGCCAUGUGACUCCGGUGAUACUGAGGCGCAGCGUUUCUUUUGCCUGGUGCACAGAUUAUGCUUCUCCUGUCAUCUUCCAAGAUCAGUUGCUUUGUUAAACCAGCGAUGGGAAGGAAACAGAGGAGCAACAGACUAUUUACAGCAAGGCUUCGAGGCAGUCAUUUCCAAGGCACAGUGACAAGCUCGCAGGCUGAAGAAUGAAUCAAAAUAAAACCCUGCGUUCAGCUUUUGGACUGGUACCAGAGUCAAGAGCUACGCUCUUAAGGUCAGCUAUUCAAAAUGAACUGGAAGCAUCUGGGUUUAUUCAGGGCAGUUAAACAGCUAUUUGUUUGACCUUUUUCUAUCAAGUUAGUUUUCAAAACAGUGAGCUAAAGCCUGAAAAUUUGUGUCAAAUAUUUUGCAUUUGUGUCAAAGGUACUAUAUAGAACGUGAGCAACUCACCACUGUUGUGCACAAAGCUUACAGUUUUAAUUGCAAAGCCUCUUUUACCUUGUAGAUGGAGAUCCUGACACGGUAAAUCUGUUAGUGGGAGAUGGACAUAAAUAGCUUCAAUUUUUGUCCACAGUUUUGGACAAAAUUGCAACAUGUAAAUACAGAUGAUUUGUUUUUAAGGUAAUUUCCAGACUCGCCUUUGGACUUCUGAUAAGCAGCUUUUUUUUUUUUUUUUUUUUUCCUUCUGUUUGUCACUGUGUCUAUUACAUGUUGGAUUGUAUAUUCAUGAGAAUUAUUUCACUUCAUUAAACUGCUUAUUGGGGCGUUUUGUUAAAUGGGGAAGUGAUCACCCUACAGACUAUGACAACAGGAUAUGUGAAUGGAGGAGGUCUUGGGAAACACCGCUAUGCCAGGUGGAAUCGUGAGGACAGCGGAGAGGACUACGGGCGUGAGGGGUGCUGUGGAGGAGACGAAGAGGGCAGCCAGCAGAGGCUGACCCCAUUUGAGAAACUGAUGCAGGAUAUGUCCCAGAAUGAAAAAGUGGUGAAAGAAUUAACCUUGGGAAAGAGAAUUGGCUUCUAUCGAGUCAGAGGAGAAAUAGGAAGUGGGAAUUUCUCGCAGGUGAAACUUGGAAUUCAUUCCCUGACCAAAGAGAAAGUAGCUAUCAAGAUUUUGGACAAGACAAAACUAGACCAGAAGACUCAACGUUUGCUGUCUCGUGAGAUAUCCAACAUGGAAAAACUGCACCACCCAAAUAUCAUCAGACUGUAUGAAGUGGUGGAGACGCUCUCAAAACUGCACUUGGUGAUGGAGUAUGCAGGAGGUGGUGAGCUUUUCACUAAAAUCACUACAGAAGGGAAGCUAUUAGAAACAGAGUGUAAAAUAAUCUUCUCCCAGAUCGUCUCUGCUGUGAAGCACAUGCAUGAGAAUAAUAUCAUUCACCGGGACUUAAAAGCAGAAAACAUUUUCUACACCAGUAACACCUGUGUUAAGGUGGGAGACUUUGGAUUCAGCACCAUCAGUAAAAGAGAUGAAACUUUAAAUACUUUCUGCGGUUCCCCUCCUUAUGCUGCCCCUGAACUCUUCCGAGAUGAAAACUACGUCGGUGUUUAUGUCGACAUCUGGGCGCUAGGAAUCCUGUUGUACUUCAUGAUGACAGGUAUCAUGCCAUUUCGAGCAGAUACAGUGGCCAAACUGAAAAAGUGCAUUCUUGAAGGGACAUACAGCUUGCCUGCCUCCCUCUCAGAGCCUUGCCAGAAACUGAUAAAAGGAGUCCUUCAGCCAGUACCAACAGAACGAUACUCUGUCAAACUUAUUAUGAACAGUGAAUGGAUGCAGGGGAUACAAUACCCUAAGCCUUUACAGCCAUUUAAACUGGAUCCAAAGUAUUUGUCUGAGAUCAGUACGCUCAAAGAGGAAGAAAUUGAAGUGAAAAACACUCUAAAAGAUCUGGGAAUCACAGAAGAACACAUUCAAAAUAACCGGGGAAGAGAUGCGCGCAGCUCAAUAACAGGUGUCUACAGAAUUGUUUUACACAAAGUACAGAAGAAAAGGGCGCUUGAAUGCAUCCCUAUAAUGUCCUGUCCGGAUCCCAAAGAACAAGACUUCAAGAAAGGAAUCAACUCUUACAGUGGGAUAAAGUACACAUCGAAGCUGUGUUCUAUUUUGUAAACUGAACUGCAGGCUUUAUAUUCUGCACACUUAACAAAGGGUUUUAUUCACUUUUCACAAGAUUUGGUGUUAACAUUUUUUGUAACUUUUAAGUAAACCAAAUAUGCCUCAUCUCCUUUGUAUUUCUCAGUUCAAACUUCAAGUGCUCAAAUGCAGAGCUCUAAUGCGCUUGGUUUUCCCUUUGCUGCAGAGACAUGGUCUAGCCAGUGCAAGAACUCAGGUAAAACAGGUAUGAGAUAAAUAGCAGGAGUGAUCUUUUAAUAAAGAUCAAAUAGUACUGCCCUUAGCAUGCCUGGGAGAUCUCUAAGCACACAUGUUACAAUUGACUUCUCAAAAAAUUACCUUAGCUUGACACAACUCUACCACUGCAGACCAGAACAGUUUUCACAGAGAACAGUCAAUCUGCAAACAACUAUAAAUUCUUAAAAAAAAAAAAAAAAAAAAAAAUCAUCUUCUUAAAAAUUAUUCAGCAAAUUAAACAUAAAAUGUAAUUAGAGCUUUAAAAAAGAAAAAAAUAAUUAUAGAAAGGACGAGGCUGUUAUUGACGAUGGUUCUUGAUUUGUCAAAUUCAGAAAGGCAAAUUCAGAUAUGCUACUCUAACACUGCACAUGUGGCUGCAAUUUUCAGUGCAUAACUGGUUGGGCUGCCAUCUAACCUUCUGACAUGUUCCAGUAUUUGUAUUUGUUCCAGUAUUCCAGUAUUUGUAUGGUUCUCACAGUCUACAGCUGUUUAGAACCCAGUUGUGCUCCAAUAAAGAAACAAACAUAAGCAUA